AUGUGCGGGGGGACAGUGAAGGUGAAGAGCUCCAACAUCCAGGUUGGAGAUCUGAUCAUCGUUGAAAAGAACCAGCGGGUCCCUGCUGACAUGAUCUUCCUGAGGACAUCAGAAAAAAACGGCUCUUGCUUCCUGCGGACGGAUCAGCUGGACGGCGAGACCGACUGGAAGCUGCGGCUCCCCGUGGCCUGCACGCAGAGGCUCCCCACUGCGGCCGAUCUCCUUCAGAUUCGAUCAUACAUCUAUGCAGAAGAGCCAAAUAUCGACAUUCACAACUUUGUGGGAACUUUUACCAGAGAAGACAGUGACCCUCCGAUCAGCGAGAGCUUGAGCAUAGAGAACACACUCUGGGCUGGUACUGUCAUCGCGUCGGGUAAGGGCUCCCUUUCUGAGGAAUGUGUUAGCAAUUUGAAAAGGAAAGAAAAUCCUUUUGUAUAAUUAGAAUAAUCAUCUGUCAG